AUGCCUAAUUUGCCAUGGAGACCAGAUACGGGGUUCAGCACUUCAUGGCACCCUAGCAGGGGGAUAGAACACAGUGGUAUAGUGUACAGUACGGUAAGCUGGUUCACUCGAGACUCUGCGAAAUCAGCCGAUGUUUCGUUUGUUGGUCUUGUGGUUGCCAGCCAGAGCGGAGACAACACUACAUGGCUAAACGGCGAGCUUCCUUCCUGGACUAAAAUCGUCUAUGUGACAGACAGUGCAGAUGCGGAGUUUGCCGUUCCAGUGAACAAAGGACGAGAGAGCAUGGUCUAUCUAAGCUAUAUCAUCGAUCACUAUACCGAGCUUCCCGAAGUUGUCGUGUUCUCGCACGCGAAUCGAUAUCAGUGGCACAACGAUGACCCUUGGUACGAUGGCCUCCGAGUCCUGUCUCGGCUCAACUUAUCGUACGUAAAGGAACAAGGAUAUUCCAACCUCCGUUGCGUUUGGACGCUAGGAUGUCCGGUCGAGAUACGGCCCUUGCUAGAAGCUGAAGAUGACAUGGCUCUAUCAAACUCGUACGAUGCUGGAGCAGGGUCUUUCUAUAAAGCUGCUUUCGAGGUGCUCUUCCCGGGAGUAGCCGUGCCGGAGGCCGUGGGCGUGACGUGCUGCGCGCAGUUCGCUGUGACGGCUGAAGCGAUUCGACAACGACCGAGGGACGACUAUGAACGAUAUCGCGAAUGGUUGAUGGAGAGUGAGCUGCACGAUGGCUUGACAGGUCGUAUCACGGAGUACUCCUGGCACGUCAUUUUCGGACGGGAACCAAUUUUCUGUCCUUCCGCAAAGCACUGCUACUGUAGACUACAUGGACUCUGCAAUGUAACUUGUGAAGGCGACGGGGUCUGCCGUGAAUACUAUACGCUCCCAGACCACACACACUUUCCAGAUGGCUGGCCGGAGGUCGACCGACAAGGGCAGUGGCAGAAUAUAACGCGGUUGCGGGAUGAUUACGAGCGAAUGUACCCACAUUGA